AUGUCGAAUCCCCUGCCCUCCGUGCCUCCCAUGGCCAGCCCCCCUACCGUUAUCCCGGUUGAUUCCUCCUCCGGUCUUUGGGAUCGCAUCACCUCUUGGGCUUCAGAAAACAAGGCUAUCGUCUACACCGCCGCCGGUGUUGCUGUCGUUGCUACCGGUGCCGGCGUUAUCUACUUCCUCAACAGCGAUUCCAAGAAGACGGACUCGACACCAAAGCUGAGCAAGAAGGAGCGGAGGAAAAAGAAGGAGGCUGAGCGCAAGGCCGCCGAGGCAGAGAAGGCCGCACCCGCAGAGAAGGCUGCUCCAGCGCAACCGAAGGUCGCCGCCGUCGAGAGCGCCGACGAGCUCCCCGAAAUCACCGAGACCUCCGUCCAGAGCUUCACACAAGAACAGCGAGACGAGUACGCAGCCAAGCUUAAGGAUGCUGGUAACCAGGCCUACGGCGGCAAGGACUACAACAAGGCGAUCGAACUCUACUCCAAGGCCAUCCACUGCAAGGCCAACCCCAUCUUCUACUCCAACCGUGCCGCUUGCUACAAUGCCCUCGGCAACUGGGACAAGGUCGUCGAGGACACCACUGCCGCCAUCAACCUCGACCCCGAAUACGUCAAGGCCCUGAACCGCCGCGCCAACGCCUACGAGCACCUCAAGAUGUACGGCGAGGCCCUCCUCGACUUCACGGCUUCCUGCAUCAUCGACAGCUUUAAGAACGAGAACAGUGCGCAGGCUGUUGAGCGUCUGCUCAAGAAGUUCGCCGAGCAGAAGGCACAGGAGAUGAUGGCCAACCGCCCCAACAAGCUGCCCAGCCACACCUUCGUCGGCAACUACCUUCAGAGCUUCCGCGUCAAGCCCCGCCCGGCCGGCCUCGAGGAUUCUAUUGAGCUGGAUGAGGAAACUGGAAAGGGCCAGCUGCAGCUCGGAUUGAGAUCAUUGGAGAAGAAGACCGGUGACGGCUACGAGGAGGCGAGAGCGGCGUUCGAGAGGGCUCUCGACAUUGGAGACCUGGACGAGUACGAGGCCCUGGCGUACAACCUCCGCGGUACCUUCAGCUGCCUGCUCGGCAAGCACGAUGAGGCCAUGGCCGACCUGACGAAGAGUGUCGAACUCGACCCCUCCAUGACCCAGAGCUACAUCAAGCGCGCGAGCAUGAACCUCGAGCUUGGUGCCCCGGAGAAGGCCGCGGACGACUUCGAGAAGGCAAUGGAGCAGAACGCCGAUGACCCCGACAUCUACUACCACCGAGCGCAGCUUCACUUCAUUAAGGGCGAAUUCUCCGACGCUGCCAAGGACUACCAAAAGUCCAUCGACCUCGACCGCGACUUCAUCUUCUCCCACAUUCAGCUCGGUGUUACUCAGUACAAGAUGGGAUCCAUUGCUUCAUCCAUGUCGACAUUCCGCCGCUGCAUCAAGAACUUCAAGGACGUCCCUGACGUUUACAACUACUAUGGAGAACUGCUCCUCGACCAGGGCAACUUCCAGGAGGCUAUUGAGAAGUUCGAUGCGGCGAUCGAGAUGGAGUCCAAGACGAAGCCGAUGGCCAUGAACGUUCUCCCCCUCAUCAACAAGGCUCUCACUCUCUUCCAGUGGAAGCAGGACUUCGGCGAGGCCGAGAAGCUUUGCCAGAAGGCCCUUAUCAUCGACCCCGAGUGCGAUAUUGCCGUCGCCACCAUGGCCCAGCUGCUCCUUCAGCAGGGCAAGGUCACCGAAGCCCUCAAGUACUUUGAGCGCGCCGCGGAGCUCGCCCGCACGGAGGGAGAGAUCGUCAACGCCCUCUCUUACGCGGAGGCGACGCGCACGCAGCUCCAAGUGCAGGAGAAGUACCCCAAGCUGGCGGCCAAGCUCCAGGGCAUGGGCCCUGGUGGCAUGCCCCGAUAA